CCAGCUAUCUUUGCUUGAAACAUAUCAAAUAAUAAUCGCCCUAUAGGCAGGUAAGAGAGUUUACCCCCAAAAAAAAGGGUCAUUCUUCAUAAAUUUUUGUUAGCAAUCUUCAGAAAAGUCCUGACUAUGUGGGCCUAUAUUCAGAGCUUUUGGGGAAAUCGUCAAGAAAACCAUCAAGAACCCGUUCCUCCAUCAGUCAAAAUUGCGGCCGCCCGAUUCCCCGCCGAUGGGUUAACCCCCCACUUGGUAUCUCUCCAGACAACUUCUCACGGCAUCCAGGAUCAGCCGAGAUUCUCACUUGACAGCCAUGUACCAGACCUGCGAACGUUUUGAAACAUCCCUGAGCCGUGGGUUCAUGCAGAUAGGGUCAGGUUAGAGGCCACGAAAGAUGCAAGUCUGAAUUGCAAAGGUGUUUACAUGGACUUCUUCACUUCCACCAUGGAUGAAUUGCCGGAAAACUCGAAUUUUCCUGAACAUAUUCUUGGUAAUAGAUUCCUCCAUGGAGAUGUUUUCAUUGUCA